ACCUAUUAAGCCAUCUAUUUUAGCCUAGCAAAUCAUGGGUGUCUUGACAUAUACCGAUAACCACACUUCUCUGGUCCUCCCGGAAAGAAUAUUCAAGGCUGCGAUCCUCGACUCACACAAUCUGAUGCCAAAACUGCUGCCGGAUGCUAUUAAAAGCAUCACGUUUAUCAAAGGCGAUGGUGGGGAGGGAAGUGUGAAACAGAUUAACUUGGCUGGAGGUUAUGUUAAACACCAAAUAGAUGAACUCAAUGAGAAGACAUUCACAUACAAAUAUACUUUGAUUGAAGGAAACGGCAUAUCAGACAAAAUUGAAAAGGUGUCCUAUGAUAUUAGGUUUGAGAGUUCACCUGAUGGUGGCACUAUUUCCAAGAUGACCACGACUAUUUACACCCAAGGCGACUUUGAGAUCAAGGAAGAAGAACUAAAAGCAGGCAAAGAUAAGGUCUUGGGGCUUUACAAGGUUGUGGAAGCCUACCUAAUUAAAAACCCUGAUGCAUAUGUUUAAUGAUUCUCACUUUAAAAUUGUGUUGUAGCCAUAUUGGCAAUUUCAAGGUUCCAAGUGUUAUCAUUUAUCAAUAAAUGAUCAUCACAUCAUCAAUAUAUUAUAACUA